ACCAGAACUGAUGCGAGCGCGACUUGGCGAGCACAUGCCACAGUGGGAAAGGAGCCAAAACUGAAGUGAGCCGCCUUUUUACAAGCCCAACACCGGACUGAGCGGAGGACCACUUCAAGUCCCCAAGAAUUAGACCAGUAAAGAACUCAACCAAGUGGUUUAAACGCACCUCUGAAACAGAACCGAGGAUCUGUAAAACUCGUCAGGAUGCACUUGUUGUCCGCCGGUUGCCUGUGCGCCUUCCUUACCGCCGCGCUUCUCCGCCAAGCCAGUGGUUUGGAGACUGUUGUGGGCGUAUAUGGAGAAACACUUGAGAUCCCGUGCAACAAUGGAGCUAUAACUGCAGAUGUCCUGAUCACUAAAUGGAAAUAUGACAAAGGAGAUGGACUUUCAGGAGACCUUCUGGUCAAGAAACAGCAGAAUGUCUCAGUGAGCGCUACUGAUGAAUACAAGCACCGUGUAAGCAUGGCAGCCAACUCCAGCCUGCUGCUUUCUGCAGCCAGGCUGAGUGACCAGAGGACUUUCACCUGCAUGGUCGUGACGGAUGCAGACAUCACAGAGUUCCCUGUUAAUGUGGUGAUUUACAAGACGCCGGCAGGCCUGGAGAUUUCUGACAAAGCAGAGGAACUAGAAAUUGGCAAACUAACCAAGUUAGGAGAAUGUGUUGCACACAAUGCCAACCCACCUGCAAAUAUCACAUGGCUAAAGAAUAAUAAAAUCCUGGUGGCUGAUGGAAAAGGGAUUUCCAUCCAAGCAUCUGUGCACGUAGACCCUGUUACUGGCCUUUCGAAUACUUCGUCCAUACUGGAGUACUCUGCUGAAAAGGAAGACACGGAUGCCCAGUUCACCUGCAGCACUCAGCCCAUUUCGGAUGCGAAGCUUGUGUCCUCUCCAGUGAGCUUUACUAUCACCUACUCUACAGAGAACAUCGUCCUUCAGGUUAUCACCCAGGAUCCUCUGACAGAAGGUGACAAUGUGACUCUGAAGUGUGUGGCGGAUGGAAACCCCGCUCCCACCAGCUUUAACUUCCAUCUUAAGGGAGAAGUGGUGAAAGUGGAGAAUGAAAACACUUACACCAUUACAAAUGUUUCACGUGACACUUCUGGUGAAUACAAAUGCUCACUUAUUGACAAUCCAGCAAUGGAAGCCUCCAACGAUCUCACAGUCAAUUACCUAGACAUCAAUUUAAGCCCCUCUGGGAAAAUUGUGAAGAGUGCUGGUGAAGCCUUGCCUCUAACUCUCCAGAUUGAAUCUUCCGGAGACUCAAAGGUCUCCUGGACUAAGGAUAAUAUUAAACUGGACAAAGAGCCCCAGUUUACCGCGUUGACAUACUCUGAUUCUGGAUUCUACGAGUGUGAGGUGACAGUGGGGGCCCUCAGCAGAAAAGCAUCUUUUGAGCUAGGAGUCGAAGGUGCUCCAGUUAUCAAACAGCUGAUUAAACAACGUGCUGAAAAUGGCCAACACAAAGUUUUAAUCUGUGAGGCUGAAGGAUCUCCUAAACCAGCUGUUUCUUGGAACAUCAAUGGCACCUUGCUUGAUGAGAGUCCUUUUAUCAAUGGAAAGAUAAGGCACAAGAUCACAGUUGUGCCUACUGCAAACCUGUCUGUCUCCUGUACAGUCUCCAAUGAGUUUGGCAAGGACACCAAGGUUAUAGAUGUCUCACCCCUAUUUGAGGAGGUGAGAAUGGAUAAACAAGAUCAGUCGGAUGAUAGUGACCAAACCAAACUGGUGGUCGGAGUAGUGGUUGGUCUUCUCAUCGCCACUCUGGUUGUAGGCCUAGCAUACUGGGUUUACAUGAAGAAAUCCAAACAAGGAAGUUGGAAGACUGGUGAAAAGGAGAAUGGCUCUUCUGAGGAGGAGAAAAAACUGGAGGAAAAAGUGGAGGAGAACAGCCAAAAAGCUGAGGUGUAAAGAAACCGCAACCAUCGUUUGGGAAUGUGAAAGUGAGAACAUGGAACUUUGCACAUUUCUCUUCACUUCUGUCUUUGGGAAAAAAAACAAAAAACGUGAGUGUACAUUGGGAUGAAGACAGUUUGGAUUUGGUUUCAGGGAGAAUUUUACUAAAAAGCAUAUCCAAACCCCCCGAGCCCCUCAACCCACCUACCCCCCACCAUCCAUUCUUAAAAAAAAUGAAUGGAUACUGUAUGUGAUAUACAUAACUCGUCUGCACUACUGAUCAGUGUGUAAAACUGUCGACUAUUAGGAUUUAUGUUUGUUAGAAUGAAAUUUUGGAACCUGAGAAAAUGCAGAUCUUUUUGGUUUCAUUAGUUGAUGCAAGUAAAGUUACUUCUAGACCAGUUGCCUUUGCUGUAAGGAUGUUUAGGCCUGCAUUAGUCUAAUGUUUGACUCUUUGUCCCUCAAAGCAAGAACCGAGGGACGCUUCACCGCCAUUGCUUCUUAGUUUCAUGUCACCACAGUCAAACAGCCUCUGCCUUUAACAUCAUUGUAAUAAGUGUGUUUAUUUGUGCAUACAUUUUCAUUUUGUUCAUUCAGGCACAAAAAUGUUGAAAAUAAGUGGAUUCCUGAAAGGGCUAAGGGUAUAUUGUUAUACUCGACAUUAGUUAUAGAUGGUCAUGUGAUUUACAUUGCAGGAAACAGGUUAUGUGCCACAUGUUUGUUCUUUGGUUGUGUGUAUCUUUUUUGCAAAGUACCAGAAAGAGAGAAAAUGAAAGAAACUCAGUUAAUUUUGCUGUCUGUUUUACAAAUGUACUGUACAUUGGACAUAACCACUGUAUAACACACACAGGUAGAUUAUUGAGAGAAUGGAGAGCAUGUUGUAACACCUUUAAUUUGAUGCCACAGAUUGUUUUACAUAAAGUUACUGGAAGGAUUCUUGAAUCUGUGCUUGACUCUAUAGUAUUGAAAGUCAUCCUUUUUUUUUUUUUAAUGGAUCGAGCACAGAGUGGACAGAUCAUUCAAGUCGUGUUAGUAUGUUUGCCUUCUUUUGCGAAUCUACCUGUUGUUGCUUCAGUUUGUGAUGUGCACUAGGAUUCAUGUUUUCAUGUCUGAUUUGUGUAGAAUACAAUGGAAUACAUGCAGCUGUACAUGUCACAAUUUGGUCCCUUACAAGCGUUUUCCUAAAUUUGAAAAUAUAUCACACCAGGAUGUAAUUGUGAAGUACGUGACUUUAGUUUUCUUUUAGCUAUUUAUAUUGUACAAGGUUGAUUGUCCUGGUAGGCAAAACUCAACUGUCUCUAAAUUGCGAUCUCGGAUUCAAACAGUUCAUAAAUGGAUUGCGGACUUAA